CUAACCCCGGUGUCGGCGACGCGGUAGCUGCAGUCGCUUCAGCAGCUGGGACCGGAGUCGUGGUCUCCGGGGCCCUCGCCGCUCGCGCGUGGCUCAGCCGGGCCCGUAGCCAUGGAGGACUUUAUCGUGAUUUCCGACGACAGUGGCUCCGAGAGCUCGGCCGGGCCCCGCUCGGGCAGGGCGCGGAGGCUGCGCCGGGCCCUGUCCCGGACCCCCGGCGCGCUGCCCCGCCGAACCGUGGACUUCAUUGACUUAACGAGAGAAACCCGAACAAGGGCAAAAGACAGAAAUGGACUCUGUGUGAUUGAUCUGACAAGAAAUGAAGAAGAAAAUAGGCCUAUUGCCACUCUUGAUUUGACUUUAGAACCUGUGGCUUCCUCUCAGAAGGAGCCAUCCAGUCUUCAGACAUGUACCAGUCUCUCUGGCAAAGAGGUAAUGGAGGCCCAUGGAGAUAGAGGCUCUCAGCCUGAAGCACAGAGAACCAUUAGCAAUGAUCCUGUAGAUUUGGAUUUGUUGGAUGAAAACCUGUUUGAAGGUUCUCGGCGCCCUACAUCCAUCAGCCAGGACUCUAUUUAUCCACCAGAACCAAACUGUAGCUCAAUCACAUAUAAAGGUGACCUUAGCUUCUUGACACGCCUACAGCUCUCUUCAGACGUUAACUCCUUUUCCUCCACAAGCAAUCAGAGGGCCUCUUUGCCAUGCCCACAGCAAGAUGUGCCUUGUCAAUCACAAGGCUUGCUAUGCUCACUACAGGCCUUAUCAUGCCCACAAAGAGCUUCACCAUGUCCACCACGAGCUUCUUCUUGCCCACCACAAGCCCUGUCAUGCCCACCACAAGCUUUGUCAUGUCCAUCACAAACCUUGUCAUGUCCAUCACAAACCUUGUCAUGCCCAUCACAAACUGUGCAGUGCCAACUCCAAGCUUUGCCUCAACCACCCCAAGAAGUGCCAUGCUCUACCCAAAAUGUACCAUGCUCUCAGCAGAAUAUGCCAAGCACACCUCAAGGCUUAUCAUGGCAUCCUCGGCACACCCUAUACCCAUCCCAAGACACUCUGGGCCUACCUCAAGAUGUUCCAGGCCGACCUCAAAACGUGUCAUAUCCACAAGAUGUGACACAACUGCAAGACAUGCCAUGGUCACUGCAAGACAUACCACUCUCACUACAAGACGUGCUACAGUCACUGCAAGAUGUGCCACCAUUGCUGGGAGAUGUGCCACGGUCACCAGAAGUGAUGCAGUUACCAGGGUAUGUGACACAGUCAUCAAGAGAUGUGAUUCAGUCACCAGCAGGUGUGAUACAGUCAUCAGGAGGUGUGCAGUCAUCAGGAUGUAUGAUGCAGUCAAGAGGAAAUGUGACACAGUCAUUAAGAAGUGUGAUGCAGUCACCAGGAGGUGUGACACAGUCACUAAGAAGUGUGAUGCAGUCACCAGGAGGUGUGAUGCAGUCAUCAAGAUGUGUGAUGCAGUCACCAGGAGGUGUGAUGCAGUCAUCAGGAUGUAUGAUGCAGUCACCAGGAGGUGUGACACAGUCACUAAGAAGUGUGAUGCAGUCAUCAGGAGGUGUGACACAGUCACUAAGAAGUGUGAUGCAGUCACCAAGAGGCGUGAUGCAGUCACCAGGUAUGACACAGUCACUAAGAAAUGUACCACAGUCAUCAAGAGAUAGGAUGCAGUCACCAGGAGGUGUGAUACAGUCAUCAUCAGGUGUGCCAUGGUCAUCAAGAGAUAGGAUGCAGUCACCAGGACACGUGCUACCAUCAUCAGGAAAUAUGAUACAGUCACCAGGAGGUAUGUCACCGGCAUCAGGAGAUGCGAUACAGUCACAAGGAGGUGUGCCACGGUCAUCAAGAGAUAGGAUGCAGUCACCAGGACAUGUGCCAUCAGCAUCAGGAGAUGCAAUACAAUCACCAGGAGGUGUGUCACCAGCAUCAGGAGAUAGGAUACAGUCACCAGGACGUGUGCCAUCAGCAUCAGGAGAUGCAAUACGGUCACAAGGAGGUGUGCCACAGUCAUCAAGAGAUAAGAUGCAGUCACCAGGAGGUAUGCCACCAGCAUCUGGAGAUAUGAUACAAUCACCAGGAGGUGUGUCAUCGGCAUCAGGAGAUUCGAUGCAGCUACCAGGAGGUGUGCCACCAUCAUCUGGAGAUGUGAUACAGUCAUUAUCAGGUGUGCCGCGGUCAUCAAGAGAUAAGAUGCAGUCACCAGGAGGUGUGCCACCAUCAUCUGGAGAUGUGAAACAGUUACCAGGAGGUGUGCCAUCGGCAUCAGGAGAUGUGAUACAGUCAUCAUCAGGUGUGCCACAGUCAUCAAGAGAUAAGAUGCAGUCACCAGGAGGUGUGCCACCAUCAUCUGGAGAUGCAAUACAGUCACCAGGAGAUGUGUCACUGGCAUCAGGAGAUUUGAUACAGUCAGCAGGAGGUGUGCCACAGUCAGCAGGAGAUACGAUACAGUCACCCGGAGGUGUGCCACCAUCAUCGAGAGAUGUGAUACAAUCACCAAGAGGUGUGCCACAGUUACCUAGCAAACCAUUGCAGUCACCAGGCAAUAUGUCAGAGUCACUUGGAGAUACACCAAACUUAUCAGGAGAUGCGUCACACUCACCACAAGCAUUACUGGACUUAGCAAGAGAUAGGCCGAAGUCUUCCCCGAAUGAUGUGCAGAAUCGUGAUACUCCUAUGGAUAUCUCGGCUCCAUCCUCUCCAAGUUGCUCUGCUAACCCACAUUCUCGACAGUCUGAAUUUAAAUUAGAAAAAGUUCCUUGGCUCACUAUCACAGAUAGCUCAUCCAGAAAAGAGAGACCACUGCCACAGCUUACAAACCCUGGGUCUGCCCAGAUACAAGGACAAAUACCACAAGUUGGGGGAUACAAUAGACCUUGCCUGCAUAGACUGAAAUACUUCUUACGGCCUCCAGUACAUCAUCUCUUCUUCCAGACAUUAAUACCAGAUAAAGAUACACGAGAGAGCAAGGGUCAGAAAUUAGAACCCAUCCCUCAUCGAAGACUAAGAAUGGUGACAAACACUAUUGAAGAAAACUUCCCUUUGGGGACUGUGCAGUUUUUAAUGGACUUUGUUUCACCCCAACAUUACCCACCCAGAGAAAUUGUGGCUCACAUCAUCCAGAAAAUCCUGCUCAGUGGCUCUGAGACUGUGGAUGUCCUCAAGGAGGCCUACAUGCUUCUCAUGAAAAUUCAACAGCUGCAUCCAGCCAAUGCCAAGACAGUGGAGUGGGACUGGAAACUGCUCACCUAUGUCAUGGAGGAAGAGGGACAAACGCUACCUGGACGAGUUCUCUUUCUACGCUACGUAGUGCAGACCCUGGAAGACGACUUCCAGCAGAUCUUGAGGAGACAGCGGCAGCACCUGCAGCAGUCCAUCGCAAACACUGUUCUGUCAUGUGACAAACAGCCGCACAAUGUCAGAGAUGUUAUCAAGUGGCUGGUCAAAGCAGUGACUGAAAACGAAUUAACUUCACCUCAAGAUGAGACUCAGACCUCUCCAGGAUCAGGAGUCUUGAAAACUAGCAGUGACCAUCUGUCUCCCCGGCCUAACCUGACUAGGAACACCAAUCAGCUGAUUGUGUGUCAGCUUCAGAGGAUGCUGUCCAUCGCUGUAGAGGUGGACAGGACUCCAACCUGCAGCUCCAAUAAAAUAGCCGAGAUGAUGUUUGGCUUUGUGCUGGAUAUCCCUGAGCGGAGCCAGAGGGAGAUGUUCUUCACUACCAUGGAAAGCCACCUUCUGCGAUGCAAAGUGCUAGAGAUCAUAUUCCUCCAUAGUUGUGAGACACCCACCCGUCUCCCAUUGUCUCUGGCCCAGGCCCUCUAUUUUCUGAACAACUCCACGUCCCUGCUCAAGUGUCAGUCAGAUAAAACCCAGUGGCAGACAUGGGAUGAGCUGGUUGAACAUCUGCAGUUCCUGCUGUCCAGUUAUCAGCACGUGCUUCGAGAGCACUUACGGAGCUCAGUGAUUGACCGGAAAGACUUAAUCAUUAAAAGAAUUAAGCCCAAGCCACAGCAAGGAGAUGACAUCACGGUGGUGGAUGUGGAGAAGCAGAUUGAGGCCUUCCGCAGCCGUCUGGUCCACAUAUUGGGAGAACCUUUAGUCCCCCAGCUCCAAGACAAAGUGCAUUUGUUGAAGCUGCUGCUCUUCUAUGCUGCAGACUUGAACCCCGACACAGAGCCUGCUUCAGGGCACUGAGGCAGCCAGACUUCUAAGCACUGAGCACCAAAAAUACCUCCUGACUGUUGCCAGCUACUCAGAAGCCCUGAAGUAUGAACAUUAGUUAGGAAUAUCAUAGGACCAAACCUAUCUUAUUUAUCUGUAGGUUGUAAUAAUCUUAUAACUCUUCAGUAUAUAUCUUUUUUUAUAAUCUUUAUCCUAGCCUAUUCAAAUUUGGCUUAAAUAUACAAGGUGUAUAUAUUUUUUAUUAAAUUAUUUAUCUAUGCUUUUGAAACAGGCAGUGAUAUGCACUGUAUGUCCAACAUUUCCAUGCAAGAUGUAAAGAACCCUUCUGAACAAUCCAUCAAGGUACUGACGGCCUAUUUCUGGAAAAAAAAGGUAGUUUUUCCUGAAUAGACCACAAUCCAUACUAGACUUUUUAUAUUGCCCAUGAAUAUGACUCUGUGGCCAGUUUAUUAAACCUAAUAUAACAAGGCAGGCAAAGAAACAAGACUAGAGCCUGUUAAACAUGUGCUGUUAAUAAGAUAGAAUAAAAAGUUUACAAUGCUUGGACUCCGCUAUGGCAGAAUAGACAAGACAGACAUGGGCUUGAGAAAGUAGUAAAGAUUUUUAUUUGUCAGUACAAGAUAACACAAAUAAAUUAAUUUUUACAACAA